AUGGGUAUCGAUCUCAAAAAACACCACGUUAAGAACUCCAACCGUACUGCUCCCAAGUCUGACAACGUCUACUUGGCUUUGCUUGUCAAGCUCUACCGUUUCCUUGCUCGCCGUACUGAUGCUGAAUUCAACAAGGUCGUCUUGAAGCGUCUCUUUAUGUCUCGCAUCAACCGUCCCCCUGUCACCGUCUCUCGUCUUGUCAAGAACAACAAGGAAGGUAAGACUUUGGUUGUUGUCGGUUCCGUCACUGAUGACUCCCGUCUCUUGGAAGUCCCCAAGCUCUCCGUUGCUGCUCUUCACUUCACCAAGACCGCUAAGGCCCGUAUCUUGAAGGCUGGUGGUGAAGUUUUGACUUUGGAUCAAUUGGCCCUCCGUGCCCCUACUGGUUCCAACACUAUCCUCGUCCGUGGUGCCAAGAACAACCGUGAAGCUGUUAAGCACUUCGGUAUGGGUCCCCACAAGAACAAGAAGCCCUAUGUUCGCUCUAAGGGUCGUAAGUUCGAACGCGCUCGUGGUAAGCGUGCUUCUCGUGGUUUCAAGGUUUAA